UCCCGGGGCCGCUCCCGAGGAGCGCGCUGACCUGGCCGCACUGUUCGCCCGGGCCCCCCGGGCCCAGCUCCCGGGCGCCCGUCAACCUCGGGGCUCCCGCGCACCCGCGGCGCCGCCCACGUCGGCGCGGCGCGCGAACCUGCCGCACGGGCUCCGACUGCAGGCCGAGGGACCGGGCUCCACUUUUCUGUCCCCUCACUGGGGGAGCGCGAAGGUCGCCGCCCUGCCCUGGCCCAGGCUGGGCGGAGAGCGGUUUCUGCUGCGCCACGCUCGCGGCGCCGGCGAAGCUCGCGGCGGCACGUCAGGGCUGCGAAGGCCACGGCUGCACGGCCGAAAAGCUCCAGCCUGCAAGGCCGAGGGCCUGCGCCGCUCGACCGCGGCCCGCACCCGGAUCGGCCUCUCUUCGCCGCGCUCUUCGGCGCUGCUCGGCACCUGCCAGUGGUCCCCGUCGGUCCUCGACAGCCUCCCGCGGUCUUCCGUGCGGAAGCCGGGCGGUGCUGCCAGGGCACAGGGGCACCAUGGCCGAACACGGAGGGGAAGGUGAGAAGACUAGGGGAUGGCGGACGGGAGCUGGCAGGCUCACAGCUGGGAGCCCGCGGGCGGCCGCAGCUGCGGGCCGCCGCGCCCCAGCGCCGUUCUAUGGUGGCGGUCGGAGCCGCCCCUGCCGAGGCCAGACCUCCCAUGCCCUGAUGUUCCUCGAACGCUGACAACAACUUGAUUCCCGCACGGCGCUGGUCGGAAGGGCGCUCGCACAGCCGCACGGCGAGAUCAGGGCGCGCGCGAGUUGAGACGUCCUCGGCCCGUCAGGCCUCGGGGCGAUCGAGGACUGCUGCGACACGGCCGUUGCGCCGAGAUCUUGCACGGCCAAGCGUCAGGUCCUGUGCGACCCACCCCCCGUCAUCUUCCUGUGCUAGUCUCCUCCUCCGCACUGCUCCGCAGUACGGCCGUGGCGAGUGGCGAUGGCCUCUGCCAGCCAAAAGUUCUCUGCGGUGCUGUGCGGCUGCCGCGGCGUUGGCAGCACCGCAGCCGCGGGAGAGAGAAAGCAGAACAUACAGGUGAAGCACAGACUCUUCCAGCAGGGACCACGACAGGACUUCUGUGGGCUGCCGAACUCAAAUAUGCAGAUUAUUGCCACGGGCACGAGAGAUGCGAGAAGUGGUAAGACUGCCAGCUGCGGCUCGGACAACGUACUGCAGGCUGCCAGAGGAACAGAGCCCGUCGCACGUGACAACUCGCUGUCGUCAACAGCGCGUUCGAUGACACCAUCACUACAGCACAUCAACAUCCAGCAAUGACCGCA